CCUAGCAUACUUGACAGCAUUUAUUAUUAGAUAAACACAAAAUUUUUGAAAACGGCUUAAAUAUUUGACUGAAGUUAGAUACUCCCAAAAUUCCUGGUGAAUGCCCAUUGCCCAAACUAUGCGCUACAGCAGCAGCAGCUCUAAAGACCAUCUUCUUCAGCCAUGCUAGUCAAUGAUGCCACUAGAGAUCGUCCCAUCUAUCAGGAUAUCCAGCGCCUUACAGAUGCCCAACUGAGCACCAUGUGCAAAAAUCACGGGCUCAUUCUGGGUCCCAUCAAUUUACAAAAUAGACGCAUGGCAGAGCGCAAGCUCCAUAUAGCAAUGAUCACUGUGCGGGCCAAGUAUCGAGCUCAUCAGCAGUUUGUCCUGGAGUGCAACAUGAAAAGUUCCGCUAACAUACAGCAAGUUCCGCCUGCGCAGCAAAACUACGGCUUAGUGGACGUACUGCCCCAGAACUAUUACCAACCCAUGCCACCGCAAACUUACUGGCCAUCUCCGCGAACCAAUUUGAGAAGCCCACCUCCGCCCAGCUGGAAUAUCCAAAAUCGUCGGGAGCGUACGGACCCGGUGCUCGAGCCGCGUCAGUACGUUACUUGGAGCCAGCAGAACAGGAUGAACAACGAAAAUACUGCAAAUUCUGGUAACAAUUUCCUGGGGUUCAAGAUGCCCUUUUCCCUGGGGGCUGCCAGGGAUAUCAGGUCAUUGAUUACCAACUCCAUAAAGCGUUUUCAGGGAGGAGAAACGGAGAACGCGCCCGUGAGCUUCCAGGAUGGGCCCGUGUUCGAUGGCAAGAACACGCAUAAAUUUCACCCUGAUGAAUAUGAAGAAGAUUAUCAAGAAUAUUCCGAUGAAGAUAGUGCCGGAAAUCCUUCCACCUCUGACCGUGAACCGGAUACGCUGUCUGGUGCUUCAGAGGAUGAAGACCAGGAAGUUGAGAGGAAGGACCUUAGUCACCAAGACUCCUAUCCGUAUCCCAUCAGCUUUCGGGAACUUCAGAGACAGAUCAAUGGUGCGGAAUCCCAACAUGAACUACGAGACUACAAGAGUUUCCUUAGCCUAUCGAGUGUUUAUCACGAGUUCGAAAGCCAAGUGCCAAUGGCACGGACUGCACCAUCUGUGGAUUCGAAGCCCCGCUUCAGCUGGUGGUGGCAGUGGAGGGCGAAGGCGGGAGAUGAGCGAAUUCCGGAGGCGGAGCGGACCACCGAACAGGAUCUGCUGCAGGAGCGUGAGUUGAAGACCAUCAACUACCUGAGCGAGGCACCUUCGCGUGCGGAUGACGGUAUGCUGGAGUUGAUGGGCAGGGUGGAGCUCCGCGAUGAUAGCGAGGAGGAGGUGCUGGAAGACACUCAAAUAGCGCGAGGAUCCCGAUCCUGGGUGGGCUUCUGCCGGCACCUCUUUCACCUGCUCUGCUGCGAUCGUCAAGGAAAACUCGACCCGGAAAAGCUGCGCUGCAGCUUCUUCUGCUGCUGCAUGGCCUUCGGUGUCUACAUGGGCUUCAAAAUGAUGCGGUAGUGACAGAAAGUGGGCAAUUCCAUACUUUUAUGUCCAUCUGUAUUCAGGAAUUUAUGCUUAUCUCAGUUGAGAAAACGAUGUGCAUCCUUUUGUUGUAUUCAUUUAAUCAUCUGCCUUUGUUUUCUUAUGUUGAGAUACGAACUAUAUUCUUAAUACACGACAGUGCAAAAAUCUUUUCAUUUAAA